AACACACACACACACGCACACACACACACACACACACACACACCCCUGGUCCCCUGUUCCACUGGUGUGUGUCUAAUGAGGGCGUUUGACAGUGUUUCAGAUGAUGCACCUCCAGAGGGUCACCAGGAGGGGGCGGUGUGCUCCAGCCUCACGCUGAGAAGAGAUAAAGAAGGCUUCACGCUGGGUGCGCUGCAUCCGUGUCGUGUGGACCCUGAGCCUCAGCUGUCGUCCGUCUCUCUGAGCGUCUCUGGAACGCCAGCACUGACCACGGAGCACUGGACACACAUCCUGCAGCAGUUCAGCACCCUGAGGAGCCCACUGUUUGAUGAGCGUGUGGAUGGGCUGCUCUGCUCCUUGCGUUCUCUGUGUGGCCUGAAGAGGGCGGUGUUGAGCGUGCGCUGUCUGACCACCAGCUGGGCCAGCAGGGUCCUCUCACUCACACACACCUGCCCCUCACUCACCUACUGCAGUCUGGAGGUGGCAGAACCAAAAAGCUCUGAUGAGGACAGUGUAUGCUCCACACUCUCUGUGACAAGAGGGCCUAAGGAACUCAGGCUGACGGUACAGCAGGCUGUGUGUUUCUCUCCGGAGCUGUCUGGUCUGAGUCUGUCUCUGGAGCCCACAGUGGACCUGCACGGGCCUGAUACCACCUGGAGCAGCUACCUGCAGCAGCUGCACUCUCUCAAGCACCUGACGCACAGUUGUCCAGGCUUUGAUGAGUGUGUGGAGUCCCUGCUGGCGUUCCUGUGCUCUCUGCCUGAGCUGAGGGAGGUGAAGAUGAAGGUCCUGUGUGUGUCUGCACGCUGGGUCUCCUGGGUCCUCAAACUCAUACACACCUGCCCAUCUCUACUGCACUUCAGGCUGGUGGCGGGACUGGGCUGGAUGGGGGACGGUCUGAUCGCAGAAGACGCCGUCCGCCUCCUGAUGACCUCCAGGACCAGACUGGACUGCACACUGGUCAUCGAGGGGAAGCGGUGUGGUAGGAGCAGUGGUCAGUGUUCUGAGUUCAGAGACCAAUCCCUGAGCUGCAACAGCGCCGUGGUCAUCGAGAGCCACCAGGAUUCCUUCCAGCUGACCGAGGUGGAUGACCACCAGUGAACGCCUCACACACACACACACACACACACACACACACACAGCAGUGAACGCCUCUCUCACACACACACACACACACACACAGCAGUGAACGCCUCUCUCUCACACACACACACACACACACACACACACACACACACACACACACAGCAGUGAACGCCUCUCUCACACACACACACACACACACACACACACACACACACACACACACACACACAGCAGUGAACGCCUCUCUCACACACACACACACACACA